GCCAACAAAACAUUAUCAAUGCCUGAAACAAAGAGAGAUGGAUAAUGAACAACCUCUCAUAUGCUGUGGAACAAGGACAAGAAGUCUUCUCCUCCAUGGCUUCUCUCCUCUCUCUCCAUCUCCCUAGACCCAGUCCUCACCACCUCAUCAGAGCUUCUGCUUCAUCAUCAUCAUCAUCAUCAUCAUCAUCAUCAUCAUCUCCCACCACAACCACCACCACCACCACCAGCACUACAACUCAAGCUUCUCCUCAGUCCCUUGAAGAGAAGUUUGGCAGGAAAGGCGUAAAGUUUAGGGACAUUGGCGGUGUGCCUACAGUUGAGCUGACCGUGAGGAAUGGCAGCUUUAUUUCUCUCAGAAUACCAGAUGGCCUUAUCACGUCAUACAAGCCAAAGGUUUACUGGAAAGAAGAUGGCUUCGAGGAGUUGCUUUACACCAUUCCCACUGGUUUGGAUUCUGGUUGUCCUCUCAAAGGUGGUCUCAGUGUGGUCCUCCAUGAUGUUUCCAAAGAUGGCUCUCCUUGGCAACCUUCUCAGUGGACUGUCAAAGAUUCAGAUUCUGAUUCAGUUGAUGCAGUUCAGGUUGAAUUAAGCAGCAGCAAUGCAAAUGGAUCACUUGACAUAAGAUAUGUCAUCACCCUGUCUCUUCUUUGCAUGGCAACAGCAGUGAUUGUGAAAAACCAGGGAACUAAUACUGUAAAGCUAAAAAGUGCAAUGUUAAGCCAUCUCAGGUUCAAAAGCCGACGAGGUGCAGCAAUUCAAGGUCUUCGAGGCUGCUCCUAUUGCAGCCAUCCUCCACUUUCAUCGGUAUUUGGUAUCUUAUCUCCAGCCGAAGCUAUGAGAAAAGAACCUCCAAAUUGGUCAUUGUUUAAUACCAACAAUGAUAAUGGAAAUAAAGAAGGAUCUUGGCUUGUUGAAGAUAAUUUGUACACUGUUUUGGGAGAAAAACACAGUAGAGUCUACGCUGCACCUCCAAUGGAAAGACUGAAGAGAGUUUACAACACUCCACCUUCAAAGUUUGAGACAAUUGAUCAGAGAAGUGGACUUGGAUUUAGAGUGAUUAGGAUUGGAUAUGAAGAUUUCUAUAUUUGCAGUCCUGGUGCUUUGUCAGAAAAAUACGGCAAGGAUUACUUCAUUUGCACUGGGGCGGCUUCAAUGCUUGUUCCUGUGGACUUGGAUCCUGGUGAGGAAUGGAGAGGAGCUCAAGUUAUUGAGCACGAUAAUUUAUGAAGUUAAUUUUCAGAAAUCAAUAUGUAUAUGCCUUACAAAUAUAUGAAAUUGGUUUCUUUUCUUA